AAGUGUGGGAGCAGACUUGUGUGGUCAGGAUGGCACAGUUCUGUACUCCUGUCAAUCUGAACAAGCCCAAAUACAUCAUGACUCCACUGGGCUCACCAACCACAGACCUGGACUGGAAGGACGGCACCUAUGAUCAUGCACAGGAGUCACCUCAGCAUUAUUACCACAACGAGGUGUUGAAAGUCCGUGAGUCCAGAAACGUGGAGUUUAAGACCGCGGGCGGGCGCUACAUCUACGACAUCCUGCCCCAACAUGUCGACAAGUAUGGCAGCGCAUUUCUCAAUGGCAACGGAGGAACCCUUUACUUGGGCGUGCUAGACGAUGGUACUGUGAAUGGUAUCAGACUGAACUACCGUGAGGAGGACCAUGUCACCAGAACAGUCUACAACACCUUUGGCAACUUCCUACCAGAAGUCUCCCCUGGUAUGAUAAACGUUCGGUUUGCACCAGUGUAUGAACAAGGAAGAAGUCGUCCUGUACCCAAACUGAAGGUUGUGGAGAUCUCUGUCAAGGGAGGACCUGUACAUGAACUGUUUGAGACCGGCAAUCAUAAGGUGUUUAUAAAGAGAGAUGGGAGUGUGGAGGAACAGAACCCACUACAGAUCAGGGACCUGGUUAUAUCCAGAUACAAGAUGAGUUUACAGAAGAGACAGAAGCCCCAGCAGUAGUUUAACUCAGGAACUGUCACCACCUUGUUGAUACAUUGCACACCAGUAAUUCUUUUUAUUGCCACGAGUAACAUUGCAUUGUACAUACAUACAGUUGUUAGGCCACACCAAUUUUAUUUGUUGGUUCUGGGAUUUUUUCAGAUAAA